GGAACUGCCAGGGGCCGAACCGGGAACCAGGAAAUACAAGCUCUCCCUAUCCAGAAAAACACUUCUGCUGCAUGGAGGAAGGAGCGACAUGGGCAAUCUCUGCAGCUGCGGGGGAACCUGGAAGUGUCCUUCACCUUUUAAGAGGAAAAAGGAAAAGCAAGGCUCCAGAGCAAGACAUGUGAAUCCCCAGCACCAAGGCAGCAGGAAGGCGCAGGUGUACACCCAAGUCCCGGAGUAUCCAGUCUAUGCUACUGUCAACAAGCCCAAGAGCACGAAGCGGGAUGACAGCGUGCACUACGCAGAUAUCCAGGUGUUCACCAAGGCUCGGGAGCGCUCAGCUGAAGAGGUGAAGAACUUGCAAAUGCAAAAUGCCACCGAAUACGCCACCCUGAACUUCCCCCGGCCCCGGCUGAAAUACGACAGCAAGAAUGGGACCCUGGUGUAAGAGGCCCCACAGCCUCCUCCCUCCAGCAAAUGUAUUUCACAGACUGAGACACUGUUAUCACAGACACUUGAGUCUUCCUGAGCAUGUGUAGAGGGGCUGGAUGUGGACUUGGAGGGCUCAGCAAUAUAUGUUGUAAUGCAAGAGAUGCUUUGCACCUAGCUCUGGUGAGAAAUACAUCUGUCCCUGUUGAAAAGAUCAAGGAUGUUUCUGAGGCUGGCAGCAUGCCUCCUUCAGGCUCUCAGAGCCGCUUCCUGAGUAACAAAGAAUUAAACUGUAGUUCAGUGCCCCCGGGAGAGGAUUUGUGCCGUGGGGCAAGAAGACCAGCCUAGCACCCUUGCCCAGGCACAUCUGCAAAGGAACAGCAAAGGAUUACAUAUGAGAACAGGUGGGGCUUUUGCCACCGGCUUUUGUUCCAGGAGUAAAGGGAUUCAGCAGCAUGUUACGGAAAAUGACAGGUGGCUGGUGCCGCGAGGAAGUGGUGUGGACCGUGUCACAAAGGCCCUUGCGCACUGCCUGCCUCAAAUACUACCCGUUUUACAGCUUCCUGCCUCAACAUGAGCCCCAUCCCUACUUUCCUUGGAAAAGCAACAUGCUCCAACCAUGCAUAGCACUCUAAUGCCAAGGGCAGAAAGGCAGAGCUUAACGAUGAGUAGAAAACAGCUCUCUGAGCUGUCGGGCUAUUACAGAUGUCCUGAAAGGGAAUAACAAGCUUUGAGACAUGAUCUAAAUGGAAACAACUACAAUUUAGAAACUACUUUUUUGGGGGCAAUAUUUGAAACCCCCCGGCCAACAUCUAGGGGCAAUUCAUCCAGGGCACAAAAGCAGUUUGCAAAUCUGUGAGAUUGGGAAGGAAUCAUGGCCAGCUUCAGACAGGGCUUUGGACUCCUGCUCCUUCCUGAGUCGGAGGCAUGAUGUAUUCCACAACGCAGGGCGUGUGGUGCGCGGCCCCCGAGAAGGCAAGCAGGUUGGUAGAGCUGGCACCCAGCACCCUGGGACGUCACACGAAUCUUUGUGCACUGAAGUGGGGAUGGGAGUCAGUCCCAGACAUCCUGCUUGGGCCCCCUUGGAAGUGUUAUGACCAAAUGCCUGCAUGCAGUGAGUUUAGUAAGAGGUUUUACUCAUUCAGAAAAGGAAAGACAGGUACAAAUAAUGGGUAUGUCUCUUUAGAGAUACUUUGGGGACCAGUCCUGCAACUUUUCCAUCUGAGCAGCAGUUUCUCAUCUGUGAUGUCUCAUUAACUGUCAUUGGGCUCGUAUGGGGCUUGCAGGAUAAGGUCUUUUCUGAGUGGCAGAUAGUGUGUUACGUGAGCGGGAAGGCUCGUUCUUCUGGGGCCCUGCUCGAGCUCCAAGGGUCCCUGCCUUUCCCCUCUGCUCCUUUCGAUCUCCGUCAUUCCAGGCCCUGCAUGGCAAUCCGUCUUGCCUGACCUAGGAGGGGUGGAUGAGCCAUAGGGGCUGCAGCGUGGCAUGGGAUGCAGUCUGCCCAUUUGCCCAGAAUUCAGAGACAAGCCUGGGGUCUCAAGUCUAGGUCUUGGGCAUGCUUGAUUACUUGGCUAGUGGAUAAAUAUGUCCUUAAAGAGAACCAUCAGUGCUGGAACUAGACAGAGCCAUGGGUUUACCUCUAGCUCAGCCUUCCUCAGCCAAAAGAGAACAAAGUAAGUUUAUUGCACAGGUUUCUUUUAUAUAAACCUUGAUAAAUAUAGAUCAUCGCUUAGUGGGGAGCCUUUAGUACAGCAUCCAGCUGGUCAUUUUUAAAAAACAGACUCCGCUCCAGGUCUAAGUGAAACAAUCGGCUCCUGCAGAAUUCACGGCAAGGAAUCUGCCUCCGCUACCAAUUUGAUUUGAAGUGACUCUUCAGUGGGAAGCAGUGCUGCGACUGGGGACAGCGAGCCAUACAAACAGGAUAUAAGACAAACGCCAAGGACCAGAUUCUGGGCUCAGUUGCAGUGAUGCAAAUCCACAAGUCAACAGAGUUUGUCCAGUUUGUAGCUGGUGUAAAUAAGAAGACAAUCUGGCUUGAAGAGACUUGUUUUGGGGAUAUGUCUAUUGAUGUGUGGAUUAAUUGAGUCCCUGGCUCUUCUGUAUUCUGAGCUAGUGGUAGCAACAAUAGAAACUAUCUUAUAAUGAGCUCCUCAAAGCCUGGACUGGUAUUUUAUCUCUGAUUCCCUGGUGAACUCCAGCUCUCAUACUUAGCUAGCACUCUCUGUUAUUUCUAGAGGUACAAUGUAUCUGAGUUAUAAUCAAAUGCUCUGAAUAGUCACAGAAAUAAUACAGUAAUUCUGCCUGUUUAACAGGCUUUGAAUUGAUGAAAUGUGAAAGUCAUACCGGUAUGUUUUGAAAUAAUGAAGAACUUGUAUUUGCACUGAAUAUUGACAGACUCUACAGCUGUAACUACUGUGUUUUCUGGGCUUGUUCCAUUUAUGACUUAAACGAUGAAGGUGUCAAAUGUUUCCAUAACCGCAGAGGUUUCAUUUUAAUUUUAGCUGAAGGAACUGCACUUUUCGAGAGAUGACUACAGUGGCAGGGGCCAGGCCCUGCACUUCCACGACUCGCAUGCAAACUUAUGUGGAAAGCAGUUCCAGCUGGGAACAGCCACCAGUUUUUAGAAGGUGAUUUCUGACCGGUUGCUAUGAAAAUAAAUAUUGUACGAAGAACAAUGA